UAGUGUCAAAAAUUAACCUAAUACAAAAUGUAAGCAGUACAGUUCUGUUGAUAAAAAUGUCCAAAGAAUAUAAAUAUUAUUGCACUAACUGUGGUGGAAAAGUUGAAGGGCUGUUUAAGAAAUACAGCGAAACUGUACUAAAACUAACAGAAUGUAAAUGUUGCAAUGAAAUAGCAGAUAAAUAUGUGGAAUAUGAUAUAGUAAUAAUUAUUAUAGACUUGAUUUUGCUAAAUACCAAAGCUUAUAGACAUAUCCUGUUGAAUACUGAUUUCAAGCAUUUUUGGAAAUUGUCUGUAGUUCUAAUUCUUUUGGAAUCAUACUGUAUAUGGGCCUUAUCAUGUGGAGUUAAUACUCCCUGUAAACCAAUUAACAAAACAGAACCAAAGUUACACGACUUUGAUAUGAAUACUGAAGAUCUCAAGUUUUAUGUUAUUUGCUUGAAUACAACCCUAAGUUACUUAUGUUUUGUAGCGGUCAUGUACUUUCUUACAGUAUUAUAUAACAAGUAUUUAGCAAGUCGUCCGUAUACACCAUCACAAUUAGCGCUCAUUGUGAAAACUGCAACUUUGUCGUCCACGGGAAUAUUUCUACAAUUACCAUCGAUAAUAUGGGAUAUGUCCUUGUUCAGUUAUCACUUACACUUUAUCACGCUGUAUACUUGGUUGUGCCAACUGUUAGCUUAUAAAGUGAUUUGUCCAAGUCCGAAAAUUUGGUGCCUCUUAGUUAUUUUUUCAGCACACAUUUUAAAGAGCGCAUCUAGCUUAUACCUAACCAUACAACUGAAUUCAAUACUGCAUGAGAGUUUGGAGCUUCAAUAAAAUAUAUCUUUACACUUG